GUUUUCGAAAAUGAAGGGUAUAUAUCUACCUUAGGUUAGCACACACAGCCUAAAGAAAAAAAGAGCUGAUGCUAGCAAGGAAGCUUUUCUUUUGAGAAGCCUCAUCUCAGUUUCCCAGCUGCCAGAGGAUCUCUCAAGUCUUCCAUCUUCUCCAGAAAUGGCGACUAGCUCUGGCGGAGGUACAACUGAAGAGAGCCAACAGAGCGUUCUGAGCACGUUGCCCAGUGAACUGCCGUUAGACUUUCUGAAGAGUAUCACAGAUCAGUUUUCACAGGAGCGCAUACUUGGUACAGGCGCAUUUGGAACCGUUUAUAAGGGAACUUUGCCUGGUGGGGAAAUCAUUGCUGUGAAGAAACUCUCAGAAAAUUCGCCACUACCACGAGAAAGGGCAUUCACUAAUGAGGUUACAAAUAUUAUGGCUGUCAAACAUAAAAAUGUUGUAAGGCUGGUCGGCUACUGCCAUGAAGGUCUAAAGAAAGUUGUGCAGAACAAUGGAAGAUAUAUUGUUGCUGACAUUGUUGAAAGUUUACUUUGCUACGAAUAUUUACCACGGGGAAACCUUCAGAGCAAUCUUUUUGAAAUACGUACCAAAAUGAAUUGGGAUACACGCUUCAACAUAAUCAAAGGGAUCUGCGAAGGUAUACACUUCAUACACAGCAUUUCUGUGGUUCAUAUGGAUCUGAAGCCUCAAAACAUAUUGCUGGACGAUAACUUGGAGCCGAAAAUCGCUGAUUUCGGUCUAUCGAGAUUCUUCGGCCAAGAAAAAACACGAAUGAACACACAAACUGUUGUGGGGUCAUAUGGAUACAUGGCUCCAGAAUAUAUAUACAGAGGUGAAAUAUCCACCAAGUCAGAUAUAUACAGUUUAGGCAUACUGAUCAUAGAGACCACCACAGGAGAGAAGAAUUUUUGCGGCAAUGAACCAUCUGCAAAGCGAUUUGUUGAAAAUGUACGUACAAACUGGAGAGGACAACGCAUGCUCUCGGAGUACCCAUCAUUAGAAGCAGAUGGCCUCCAACAAGUAACAUUAUGCAUCGAAAUAGGACUACAAUGUGUUGAUAUUGAUCGCCAGAAGAGACCUUCCAUAGAAACAAUCCUCGACAAGCUCAAUGGACGGCAUCCAAAUUGAUCUAGGUCAUAUCAGAUCUCCCAGGUCGAAUGAAAUUCAGGUCUUCUCCAACAUACAUGUGCAAGAUGGAAAGGACAUGCUCUAUUUAUACUUAUUUAAAAAAUAUUUCGCUGUGAUAUUAUGUCAUUGUUGGAACCUAAAUUUCAUUUCUCAUGGUAACUGCUAUUCCAUUUCUUGGUGAUCGAGAUUUUUGUACUCCAGACACAAUGCCGUUGUAUGCUUUAUUUUACUUUGAACUAAGAAUUUUAUUUCCUCUGUC